AUGAAGGGACUCUUGAGCGUUGCCGCCCUUUCGCUGGCUGUCAGCGAGGUUUCGGCCCACUACAUCUUCCAGCAGCUCUCGACCGGCAGCACCAAGCACGGCGUGUUCCAGUACAUCCGUCAAAAUACCAACUAUAAUAGCCCUGUGACCGACCUCAGCUCCAACGACCUCAGGUGUAACGAGGGUGGUGCCAGCGGUGCCAAUACUCAGACCGUGACCGUCCGUGCUGGGGACUCUUUCACCUUCCACUUGGACACUCCUGUCUACCACCAGGGUCCUGUCUCCGUUUACCUCAGCAAGGCCCCAGGCUCAGCUUCCAGCUACGACGGCAGCGGCACCUGGUUCAAGAUCAAGGACUGGGGCCCGACCUUCCCCGGCGGCCAGUGGACUCUCGCUGGUUCCUACACUGCUCAGCUUCCCAGCUGCAUCACCGACGGAGAGUACCUUCUCCGCAUCCAGUCCCUCGGCAUCCACAACCCAUACCCCGCCGGUACUCCCCAGUUUUACAUCUCCUGCGCCCAGAUCAAGGUCACUGGUGGUGGCAGCGUGAACCCAUCCGGUGUUGCUAUCCCCGGUGCCUUCAAGGCCACCGACCCCGGCUACACCGCCAAUAUCUACAGCAACUUCAACUCCUACACCGUCCCCGGCCCAUCCGUCUUCUCUUGCGGCUCCAACGGCGGUGGCAGCUCCCCCGUUGAGCCCCAGCCUCAGCCCACCACCACUCUCGUCACCUCUACCCGUGCUCCCGUCGCCACCCAGCCCGCUGGCUGCGCCGUUGCCAAGUGGGGACAGUGCGGUGGUAACGGGUGGACUGGCUGCACCACUUGCGCUGCUGGCUCUACCUGCAACACCCAGAACGCUUACUACCACCAAUGCGUCUAA